UCUUCAAGCUGAAUGUGGUCUAAGACAAUCCAGUUCUUGUGGUGGGUUUACUGACCCUCUGGCAUUCCAUUCAGAGCAACGUAAGUCUAGUAGAAGAGCAUCGAGUGAAGACACUCAGCAAGCAGACUCUAAAGCAGCUUUACUGACGGAUUGGUUACAAGGUAGACCUUCAAAUAGCACUCAAAUGACAUCAGAAGAAGAUGCAUUGAAUGGCAUUGCUUCUCCUUUCAAGCCUAUCAUGGAUAUCAAUUACUACUACUCAGCUGUAGAAAGAAAUAACUUGAUGAGAUUAUCACAGAGCAUUCCAUUCACUCCUGUGCCUCCAAGAGGUGAACCAGUCACUGUGUAUCGCCUCGAAGAAAGUUCUCCCAGCAUCUUGAACAACAGCAUGUCUUCCUGGUCACAGCUGGGCCUCUGUGCUAAAAUUGAAUUUUUAAGUAAAGAGGAGAUGGGAGGAGGCUUACGUCGAGCUCUGAAAGUAAUAUGCACAUGGUCAGAAUACGAUAUCCUGAAAUCAGGACAUCUUUAUAUCAUCAAGUCUUUUCUUCCUGAAGUUGUGAAUACUUGGUCAAGCAUUUAUAAGGAGGACACUGUGUUACACUUGUGCUUGAGAGAAAUCCAGCAGCAGCGAGCGGCACAGAAACUCACCUUCGCCUUCAAUCAGAUGAAGCCCAAAUCCAUCCCAUACUCUCCAAGGUUCCUGGAAGUGUUCCUGUUAUAUUGCCACUCUGCUGGCCAGUGGUUUGCAGUUGAAGAGUGCAUGACUGGAGAGUUCAGAAAAUAUAACAACAAUAAUGGUGAUGAAAUAAUUCCAACCAACAUGCUGGAGGAGGUUAUGCUAGCUUUCAGCCACUGGACAUAUGAGUAUACAAGAGGAGAAUUGUUGGUACUAGAUCUGCAAGGUGUUGGUGAAAAUUUGACAGAUCCCUCUGUGAUAAAAGCUGGGGAAAAAAGGUCAUAUGACAUGGUGUUUGGUCCGGCCAAUCUGGGAGAGGAUGCAAUAAAAAACUUCAGAGCAAAGCACCACUGUAAUUCCUGCUACAGGAAACUCAAACUUCCUGAUCUGAAGAGGAAUGAUUACACACCUGACAAGAUCAUAUUUCCUCAGGAUGAUUCCCCUGAACUGACAAUUCAGCCUGGAAGCUGCACCAAAGAAUCUGAUUCUUCUAGUUCUAUUCGUCUGAUGCUCUAAUGAUGUGACCAAAUCAGUGGCUUCACAUAAACUUCAUGGACCGUCACAAAGUUGUCACUUAAUUUCCUUCGCUAGAACUGAAAGAAACACAUGUCAAAACAAGGAUUUUACUGUCCUACAAGUGGAAUUUUGGCUGGUCCAUAAUCUAAGGACCCAACAACUUAUGAUAACCAUCUACAGAGCAGCUUGGCAGCUGAUCAUUCUAAGGGUGGAAUAAUGACAAGUAUUUAAGAUGUGUUUUUAAAGGGGCUUUUUAAGCAGGAAGUUUUUAUUUUUUAUUUUAUUUUGGUUUAGUGGAGGAUUUUCUUUUUGUAGUCCUGUGGUGGGAAAUAGGCCUUCCACCAAAAGGAUUUUGGUAGUUGAUGUUUUAAGGCAAAGCAUUUGUCUUUUUGGCAUUUGUCUUACUGUCAAUGAGCAAAACCAGGAGAAAGCACCUACCUCUGUAAUGCCAGAGUAUUCUUUGAGUGUUUUCAGAAGUGUUCCACUAAUGUUUUCUCACCAGGUGUCUUUUAAUCUGGCCUUUUGAAGAGGACAGAGCCAAUGAGGUGUGUAAAGGAAGCCAAUAGACUGAAGUUGAAGGCAGGAACUUGAUCUGUUCCAAAAGAGAGAGAGUCUCCUGAAUCAGGAUUUAUUCAGCUUCAUGACUGUAAAGCUGGGCUUGGUUGGUUUUGUUUUUGUGGAAUAGAGCCCUAAUUGUGCAUAAUGAAAUUUCUUGUUUUACACAUUUCAAUUUUAUCAAGUCACUGUCAAAUAGUAACAAAGCCAUGAUAGACUGGUAUAAUCAUAUUUAAUAGAUGAAUUAGUAUGUGCUGGUCCAAAUAAGUUGCCUUGUAAGAACACAAGUUGGAAGUGCUUUCCCUCGUACGUAGUGACUGCUUCAGAAGUUCUGCCUUCCAAAGAUCCUGUGCAACCAGUAUAUCGAAACCGAAUGUACACAUCACUUGUAAAUGUAUUUAAAAUUGUGUAGAAAACAUCUUUAAUGUUAUGUUAUUUGUGGUACUUAUUUAAGAGAGACUAGGGUUGGAUUAGCAUUGUGUAAAGUACGGGAGAUUGCAAUGCACCUUCAUGCCAAUAAAAUGUAAUUUAACUGUCCCAAAUAUUGUUGAGCAUUCAGCAAGGAAAAACUGUUGUCCAACUGAAGUUUCAUGCUGCGAUUUUAUUUUAUUUUAUUUUUUGUUUUGUUACAUAGGUACUAAUUUGUAAUUUUUAAUUAAAAGGGCAGUAUAUAGCUCUAUAAAUUUUUUAUUCAGUAGUGUAUCUUAUAGAUACAGACCUAAGGCACGAACACAAUAGCUGUUUAAAUGGUGUUUUAUGUUUGAUGGGGAAAGGUAAAAUGUUAUAAGGAUAUAAUACUGUAUACAUUUUGUAUAUCAUUAAAUCUUUAAAGAAUCUAAAAUAAAUUUAUUCUUGU